AAUCACAUCUUUUCCUCCCCUCCACCCCUCCAUCUUCUCCUCUUCCAAACUAAAUGAAACCAGCAUACAUGGGUUUCAUUUUAAUUCUUCACUAUGCUGUUUUUGCCGUUCUUCUGUCCUCCCUAAGCUCAUUUCGUAUUGUGUGUUCAGCUUCCUUGAGCCUUAACACCGACAAGGAGGCAUUGCUUUCAUUUAAAUAUCAUUUGAGCAGCGAAUCCUCGGAGACUCUUUCUUCAUGGAAUGUUAACAACUCCAGCCCAUGUAACUGGACUGGUGUUUUAUGCAAUGAGUCCAGGGAUAGGGUCACUGGCCUUGAUCUCUCAGGCUUUGGGCUAACAGGCACCAUAAGCCCGCAUAUUGGGAAUCUCUCCUUCCUUAGCUCUCUUGAGCUACAGGAUAACCAAUUGACAGGAACCAUUCCUGAUCAGGUUGGUGACCUUUCCCGCUUGAGCGUCUUGAACAUGAGCUCUAACCACAUCAGAGGUGCGAUACCACUCAACAUAACUAUGUGUUUAGAGCUCGAGAUCCUUGACUUGAAGGAAAAUGAAAUCUCGGGUACAAUUCCUGCAGAGCUCGGCCGUCUCAGAAAUUUGGAAAUCCUCAAACUGGGUAGCAAUCAGCUUGUUGGUGAUAUUCCGCCUUCUAUCAGCAACCUUUCCUCACUGGACACGCUAAGUUUGGGCACCAACAAUUUGGGUGGCAGGAUUCCUGAUGAUUUGGGUCGCCUUCAGAAUUUGAAAGAACUCGAUCUAACCAUUAAUCAGCUGGAGGGCACUGUCCCCUCAUCCAUAUACAACAUCACUUCGCUGGUUAAUUUGGCUGUGGCGUCCAACAACCUCUGGGGCGAAAUUCCUAGUGAUGUUGGAGAUAGGCUUCCAAACCUUCUCAUCUUCAAUUUCUGCAUCAAUAAAUUCACUGGUGGAAUUCCUGGAUCUUUGCACAAUCUCACCAACAUUAAUGUCAUUCGGAUGGCACACAACCUUUUGGAAGGAUCAGUGCCAUCAGGUCUGGGGAAUCUUCCGCAGCUGCGUAUGUACAAUAUUGGGUACAAUCGGAUUAAAAGCUCAGGUGAUCAGGGUCUCGAUUUCAUUACUUCUUUGACAAACAGUACCCAUCUUAACUUCCUUGCCAUUGAUGGCAAUUUUCUGGAGGGUGUGAUUCCAGAAUCUAUUGGUAAUCUUUCUACUUCUCUCACAAGUUUACAUAUGGGUCAGAACAAGAUCUACGGUAGUAUACCACCCUCAAUCAGUCAUCUUAGCAGCUUGGCUUUGCUUAAUUUGAGCCAUAAUCUUAUUUCUGGUGAAAUCCCACCAGAAAUUGGUGAACUUGGGGAGAUGCAGGAAUUGUAUUUGGCUUCCAAUAAUAUCUCCGGCAGAAUUCCAAGCUCCCUUGGCAAUCUCCGACAAUUGAGUCAGCUUGAUUUAUCUAGCAAUAGAUUGGUGAGAGGAAUACCCACAAAUUUUUCUAACUUCCAGAGAUUGCUCUCAAUGGAUCUAUCCAAUAACAGGCUCAAUGAAAGCAUACCCAAGGAGAUUCUCGGCCUUCCCGGUUUGAGCACUCUGCUGAAUCUAUCCAAGAACUCUCUGACUGGACCUUUGCCUCAAGAAGUUGAAGCACUCGAAAGUGUUGUCACAAUUGACCUCUCUCACAACCAUUUAUCUGGAAGCAUUCCCGAAUCCAUUAGCAAAUGUAAGAGCUUAGAGGAAUUGUUCAUGGCAAACAACAAAUUCUCAGGUUCUAUUCCAGAUACUCUGGGGGAAGUGAGGGGCUUGGAAAUACUUGACCUCUCUACAAACCAACUCACUGGCUCAAUACCCAGCAGUCUCCAAGAACUUCAGGCCCUUCAAUUACUAAACCUCUCUUUCAACAACCUGGAAGGAGUUGUUCCCAGCGAGGGAGUCUUUAAAAAUCUCUCCCGUGUUCAUAUUGAAGGAAACUCAAAGCUUUGCUUGAAUUUGGCCUGUACAAAAGGCCAUGGAAGAAGAUUUGCUGUCUUUCAUAUUAUACUUAUAAUCGCUUCAGCGAUAGCAAUAUGCUUGGCAAUCGGUGUGUUAGCCUAUCUAAAGAAAAGCAAAGCAAAGAAAUUGCCGAUCACGUCGGAGUCAUUUAAAGUGCUGCACCAAGUGGUCUCUUAUGAUGAUCUACGCAUGGCAACUGGGAAUUUCAACCAGCAAAAUCUGAUCGGGAAAGGGAGCUUCGGGUCAGUUUACAAAGGGUAUCUUACAGAAGGUACUGCAGUCGCAAUCAAGGUGCUUGACAUCCAAAGAAAUGGAUCAUGGAAGAGUUUCUUCGCCGAGUGUCAGGCUUUGAGGAACGUAAGGCACCGGAAUCUUGUGAAGCUGAUCACCUCAUGCUCCAGUUUGGACUUUAAGAAUGUAGAAUUUCUGGCUCUGGUUUAUGAUUUCAUGCACAAUGGGAGCUUGGAAGACUGGAUCAAGGGAACGAGAAGGCACGCAAGUGGAUGUGCGCUGAAUCUCGUAGAGAGAUUGAAGAUAGCCAUUGACGUUGCUUGCGCCAUGGAUUACCUGCACCAUGACUCUGAAACUCCCAUCGCCCACUGUGAUCUGAAGCCAAGCAACGUGCUGUUGGACAAAGACAUGACCGCCAAGGUAGGGGACUUCGGGUUGGCCAGGUUACUGAUGGACAGAGCGGCCGAUCAACAGUCAAUAGCCUCCACUCACGGUCAGGGUUCCAUAGGAUACAUACCUCCAGAGUACGGACUGGGAGGGAAACCAACAACAUCCGGAGAUGUGUACAGCUAUGGAGUUAUGUUGUUAGAGAUGUUUACAGGGAAAAGCCCAACCCAUGAGAGCUUCCUUGGGGGACUGACCUUAGCCCAGUGGGUUCAAUCAGCUUUCCCAACAAACGUAAGGCAAGUGGUGGACCCUGAGCUGCUGCUUCCCACCGGAGAUCUUCAACAUGAAGGACACCCAAUAAGCGAGGAAGUGCAGCACGAAUGUCUGAUUGCUGUCAUUGGGGUUGCGCUAUCUUGCACCGUGGACACUUCAGAUAGACGCAUCAGCUCCAGAGAUGCUCUCUCCCAACUCAAAACUGCUGCCAAGGCCCUUCUCAAACCGACCCUCGAUGAUAUGGAGGAAGGAGCUGCACCCCAUUGUGUUGUUGAUGUUUAGUACUUUACUUGCCCAUCUCUUAUGCUCAACUUACAAGUGCGUGGGUAUAUAUAUAUAUAUAUAUAUCAUUGUGUGUAAAAACUAGAAACGAUACUAUAAUGUGUCUUUAUGUACGGAAAUCCAGAAAUUAAGAAUAUUUUUCUUA